AUGAGUCUGCUGCUUUAACCGAUCAGAUUUCAAGUUGGGGACACCGGGGCCAUCUAGCAUGUAUACAAUAACUUCGGCAUUUUUACGUCCUGUGAUUUGAUGGACAGAUCUGUAGAAACCUGCUUAAGCUAAAACAUUUUUGUGUAGAUUUAAUAGCUGUUUUUUCAACCCACAAUGGCUGACAGGGGAUGUUUGGCAGUGACUAUUUCCAUGUCCAGUGCUUCUAUUGAGUGGACAUUCUCGGCCCUAAAGUGAUUUAAAACUUAUGACAGAAAUACGACUGGACACACUCGACUUUCAGCAUUACCCUCCAUGGCAAUCAAAAAGGACUUAUUGUUGGAACUGAAACACAUAGCUAACCUGUGCAACAUAGUGAUUGAACUGUUCUUGAGGAAAAAAAGGAUGAUAUAAAAUAAUCAGUAUUUCUGGUGCAGUGUGUAUAAAUGGGCAUUGGGUCUCCUGGACACUACCAUUGCUGCACACCAGCUUAACAACCCAAAACAUUAUGAUAACAGCCACCACUUUACACAAGUGAAAUAUGCCAGCUGGACUCGAAAAAGCAUGCCACAGGUGCAUUUCUAAGAUUGCCAGCAAUGCAGGUCUUAUUUUUGGACUUCUGGCCAUUCUUGCCCUUCCUCUUACCAUGGCCUUUGUAGGAAUGAAAUAUUUGGAAGAUUGCCCAGUCCAGCCUCUGAUUCCUUUGUAUUUGUUAGUGGGAGGCAUUAUUGGAACAUUAAAGGUGACUGUUCUUCUUUAUGACUCAACGAGAAUGAGGUCACUACUUUCCAAAUCAGUAAUCAUAGCUGAUGACGAUGAUGAUGAAUAUCCAUGGCGACAGAAUGCACACAAAUACUACAUUCAUGUCACUCUUAGCGUAUUCUUAUUUAUUUGGUUCAUACUAGGUAACUACUGGGUGUUCUCUGUCCUUCUCCCCAACUUCAUUCCACCAUUUCAUCAGCCACAUAAUUAUUGUGAUAAAACUCUGUACAUUUUUGCUGUCUGUGUCCUCAUUAUCAGCCAUACUGUACUUUUCCUUCUUCUCAUAUGCACUUGUUGUCUUUUCUGUUGCUCUAAAACAAGGAGCACUGCUGAAUAUGACUGAUUAUCACCCCUGCUUCUUGGGCCAAUGUUUGGAAUAUGGCUAAACUUACAAAACAAAUAUCAGCAGCCCUUCAUUUGUUAUUGUCCAGUAUUACACAGUGUAGUAUAAAAGGCAUAAAUGUGUAAUUUGUUGUACAUCUCAUCGGAGUACAAUCUUGUGUCAAACAAUUCAGUAACUGUGUUUUCUGUUUUGUUUGAACAUAAUGCCAGUUAUUAAAAAUCCCUUGUGUAACAUUUAUUCUAUUUGGCUUUUUAUGUAAAUACUUUUCUAAAUUGCUGGUAUUUUAUAAUAUUGAACUUACAAAGUACUGUUGCAUUUUGAAGAAAAUUUAUUUAUAAAAUCUGUUGAGCUGUUUGUUCCAAGUAAUCUAUAUAAAGUUUCUGACAGGCAUCUAUGUCAUUUUUUUAGAUAUUCAUAUAUAAAGUAUCUUGAAGAAUUAGUGCUGAGUAAUUUGCAAUUUUACUUUGACAGGAUAGAAAUAUCUAGCUAAACUCACUAUAAUGGAUCAUGUUUGCCUAAAAAGUGGCACAUAUUGUUUUGCCAUUUAGAAAUGAAAUUUUGUCAUUUUAACAUGCGUGAUAUUUUAUUGUGCUGAAAUCGCUAAAAAAAAUCCUCAAGUAGUAAUGGUUUUAAUGCACUGUUCCAAACUGUUUUGUUAAAAUGGAGAAAGGGGCACUCCAAAAACACGUUUACCAUCACAUUUCUUAAUAGCGAUCAUGUCAUCUAGCCUAGGUCCAUCUUUCUAUUACUGUUCUACCCUACAACUGUUCCUUUGCAAUUCAAGAAGAGGUCACUCCACCUUUCACUACAUCUGCUGUACUUAUUAUUAUUACACCAAAUUAUUUUUAGCUUGCAGCGCAAAAAAACUGUAAUCUACCACUAAGUAAUUCAAAUUGCUUAAUGUCAGUUACACUGUUGGUGAUAUAAAAUGUGUUUUCCUAUGUCUUUGCUCUACUUGAAGCU